AUGUUUCAAGGUCAUUACGGUCCAGCUGGCGUGAUUCAUUAUUUCUUUCCCGACGUCAGUUUGGUAUGGCUCAUGAUUUCGACACAACUCAUUGACAUUGUGUAUUUUUCACUUCAAGUCUUGUGCAAAACAUUGUGUCAAAUGAAUGUUCAAGAAUGUUCCUAUCCUUUCAUUUGUCAUGAAUAUGCCACAUUCAAUGUGGAGAGAAUGAGAAAGAAUGCAGUUUUUCCUUCGGAUAUUCAUUCGGAAUAUACUCAUUCAUUGACAGGUUCUUUGGCAUUGGCUUUGAUUUUUACAAUACUCUAUCGAAUGUUUCAACACUCAACAACAACAACACGAACGAAUCAAAAUCAUCGAUCCUUCUGGUCCUUGUUUUGUAUUCUCUUUUUAGGUGUAGUUUCACAUUGGGUAUUGGAUGUUCUUGUUCAUCGACCAGACGUCACCAUCUUCCCACCUUUUACUACAGCCAUGAUUGGAUUGGGAACUUGGGAAAAUUGGUCAAAAUGGGGCAAUACAUGGUUAGAGUGGUUCUUUGUGUGGUUGGGAAUGAUUGGCAUUUUGGCAGCAAGAGCUAGAGCGAACAAGCUUGAUCGAACGUUUUGGUUGGCCUUUGUAGUGUAUGGAAUUUCAGCGACAGGUCUGAAUUGGUUUGCUUACUUUGGUGAUGAUACUUCCGAGAGGGCAGACCAAGUGGUCGAUGGUGCUGCAAUGUCUCCAGAUUUGGUUCCUCUCAUUUCAGUCUUGUAUGUCUUUGCUUUUAGUGUUUCCUACUAUUUAGGUUCCAAUAAUAUGAAAAGUGAGACAAAGAAGGUUGAUUAA